AUGAUUUCUGAGAUUACAAAGGAAAUAAGUUGUUUAAAGGCUCAACUAGAUGUUGAACUUAUUAGUGAUGAAACCACCAAAUUUGAAGCCAAACGUGAAGAGUUUUUCAGUCAACUUAAGAAAUCAAUCAGUAAAUUAAAAGAAAUUGAUGCUAAACUUCAAGAUGUCCUGCCAACUUCCGUCAAUGCAAAGGAGUCAGAAGAGAAUCUCAAAAUGAAAGCUAAGAAAAUUGGCAAACAGCUUCUUGAUACUGCAUCAAAACCCGAACUUAAUCAAGUAGAAUGUGAUCAUUUUCGCAAGUAUUACGAGCAUCUUAUAGCUUUUGAUAAACAUUUAAGUCUUCCAGAUGUGGAGGCUCAAUCAACUGUAGACACAUCCACAGCAAAAGUUUUCGAAAAAGUAACAUCGUUUUGUAAAGAAUUUGCAAAUUCUGGCAAAGAUCUAGGAAAAGCCACUGAAGCGUUAGUCGCAGUAAAAUCAUUUGCUGAAAAUCUACCGAUGUUUGAUAGUCAAAUCAAUACAGACAUAGAUGAAGCCCUAAAAAAGUCUAAAGAAAAACAUGGUGCCAAAUAUAUCACCGAUUUGAUAACAGCUUCGUCUCGUACAGUUUUGCUUAUGGAUGCCACAGGUUCUAUGUCAAGUUUAUUAUCUGCUGCCAAAGAAACUGUUUGUACGAUGUUUGAACGCGCUUCCGCUAUUUUAGAAGAAAAAGGAUUGCCUAACGAUGCAUUUCAAAUGCAGUUUGCGAUAUAUCGAAACUAUAACUCUAGAGAAGAUGAAAUUUUGCAAGUUUCUCCUUGGAGCACAAAAGGCAGUGGUUUAAGAGCAUUUAUGGACGCUAUUGGUCCUAAAGGUGGAUGGGGAGCGGAAGCGAUUGAAAUAGGAUUUUGGUAUACAGCUAAAGAGAGUGAGACACAAGGCGGAAUUGCUCAAGUUAUUUUGAUAGGAGACGCUCCAGCAAAUACUAUAUCUGAUGUAACUAGUAAGCGAGCUCGUUUUGGCGAAGUCUAUUGGAAACAGACUAGAUUUGAUGCACCAACAUAUUUUGAAGAUGAAUUGAAAAAAUUGAAAAAUAAAAAGAUCCCUGUUCAUGCAUUUUAUCUUACUAAGUAUGCAAAAGAUGAUUUUGAAAAAAUUGCGAAGGAGACAGGAGGACGCUGUGAACUGUUGAAUAUUCAAUCAUCACAGGGUGCGGAAUCCCUCGCGCAUUUUGUAACUGAAGAAAUUCUACGAGAAAAGGCUGGUGAUGAAGCCGUGGAACUUUAUAGAAGGAAGUACGUGAAAGGUUAUAUGGGCUAA